GGGACGGCGGUGCUGGUCAUGCUGGGGCUCCUUGCGGGAGCCGAGGGCUUCAUGGUGGCUCCUCCCAUGAGACCUACGGGCGCCUGCAGCUGCUCCCUGAGGUCUCUCCCCUUGCAGCAGCGGCGUUCGUGCCGCCAGCCGGCAUCGAGAAGGAGCAUGACGCUGAGGAUGGCCACGUCGUUGGAGACCGAUUCAUCUCUACUUACAAGGAUCGAGGAGGCGCAGAGCGGAGACACGAUCGUGCUCGGCAAGGGAACUUAUGUGCUCCCCAAGCCAGUGGUGCUGUCGAAGGAUGUCACCAUCAAGGCAGAAGACGGUCUUCUCCCUACCGACGUUGUGAUUGUUGGCGAAGCCCCCACCGACCGAAGAGGUGUGAUGCUGACUGUGUCGGGAGCCAAUGUGAAGCUGCAAGGAGUCAAGAUCCUGCAUAAGGGAGGAUCGAUUCCUGGAACCCUCUCAAAUGGCCUCGGAUCCAUCUGCAUGAUGGUUUUGGAGCCUGGCGAUGGGCGAAACUCCAAGCUCACACUUGACGAAUGCUUCGUCUCCACCGAGACCUCCACGGCUGUGUUCGUCACUGGAGGAACGUCUCGUGUGAAUGUCGACACAUGCACCAUCGGCCCUUGCGGUUGGGAUGUGGAGAGCUCGUCGGGGUAUGGCAUCUGUAUCUUCAAGGGAGCGCACGGAGAGGUGUUGAACACGGAUGUCUACAGAUGCGCGCAGUCAGGCAUCAUCGCCUUCUACGAGGGCUCCUCUGCCCUCGUCAUCCAGUGCGAUGUUGGUCCCUGCCAGCUGGGAGGAAUUGCAGCUGAGGGGCAGCGUGCUCAGAUGAAGGCAAGCAAGGUGAAGCUUAUCGACAUCGAGUGGAAGAAUUGUGCAGAGUACGAUGGUGGCGAGGUGAUCCUUCUAGAUGAAGUUCAUGCUGUUGUCAACGGAGAGACGAUCGUGUUGAACGACGACAACAAGUGUGAAACUCGGCCGAAGCCAUUCUUCUAA